AUGGCCCACCCACAAUGCCCGGCCGCCCAGGGGUAUCACAUAGGACAGGGAAUUCCGCCCAGAUACUCGGCCACCUACGGCCUGCCACAGACCGGUGCUGCCAUGCAGGGGCAGCAGAGGCAGCCGGUGCAGCAUCCUGCCCCCGGGGCCAUCGCCGGCCAGUCCUCUGCACAGCGGCCGCCGUACCAACCCCCUCGUCCGCAAGCGGCUCCUCCCGGAACUCAGGCCCUGGCCCCAACCCCGACGCAUCCGCUGGGAUACACGCAGUCCACCGAGCUGCAGGCACCGCACGACGCUCCCCCCACGGGCUUGUACAAUUCGCUGUAUGCCGCCAAACCGCCCACUUCUCUUCCGACGGGGACAGCAGUGGUGGCCACAGCAGACAUGGCCAGGCUUGUGUCUAUGACAUCCAAGACAGGAGCAGCAGGCAGCUACGUGUCCACGACUCCGUGCAACCUUAGCCUUGGUCCAUCUCAAGACGCGUUUCGAGCUUCAACUAGCUUGAAUCUCUUACCUCAAAAACGCAAAGAGUAUGCGCACAGCCGGCCAUCCUCGCCGCCAUAUGGCUCGAGCACAAGUCUCCAAAACGCCUCUGGGGAACCAAGGGGAGAGCACGGUACCGAGAACCUGCGCGAACUGUUCUACGCAGACGACACCUCUGUGGCGCCGAAACCUAGAAGGACAGCAUCUGUGCAACGCUUGUGGGUGUAUUAUAAACUCCACAAAACGGCCAGGCCUCUCAAUCUGAAAACCGAUGUUAUUACGAAGCGGAACCGCGACCACUCCAAAAAUAAUUCGAGAACCGCGCCGAGGACAGCUACGAGAAAGAACCCUAUACUGGUGAUCAAGCCGACUCCGGCGGCCGCGCAAGCAACCACCCCACCUAUCGCUGCCCCGCAAACCAUGGCGGGGAGCGCGUACAGGCGUCUCAGUUUAAAAACCGAUGUCACUUGGAAUGCCGCCCGCGCGGAUAACAGCUCUCCAGAACCCUCCGCCCCUCGAAACUCGUUUCCUCUCAUCAUCGACAACGGGACAAAACGGCAUGCUGACUUGCGGGGGCGUCUGUUUCCGUUUGAGCUCCUGACUUCCAACCUGGCUGCUACUGGAAGUGAAAAACGGUAUAGAGAGGCGCCCCGGGUCCGCAGCGCCGGAUGA